AUGAAUGUGGAGUCACGUAUCUCCACAAUCAAAAAAUAUGGUUAUUGCUAUAACUGCUUGGCCAUAUCACACAGCUACAAGAACUGUGUGAGUAAAUUCUCGUGUCGUAAGUGUCACAAAAAACACAAUACUCUGAUACACAGAGAAUCCAGCUUUCGACCUGAAUCCACUCCGGAAAUACCAAACGUCACUAGUUCGAACCCUGAAAACGCUUCAAGUACCGCACUACCCACCCAAAGCACAAAUACAAAUCGGCAAGCCUACACUACAACUAUACAGUCCACUAAAUCAUCAACCCAAGACCCACCCAACCCAAGUAGGAAGCAGAUAAUACUCGGUACUGCAAUGGUUCAAAUAGAACAUAAUGGCCAGCGAUAUUCCGCGAGAGCCCUUAUUGAUUCAGGAUCGGAAGCCACAUUUAUAUCUCGAAGACUUCAGAGAAGCUUGGAUAUACCCACCCACUCUGUAUCAGCCCAAGUGACCGGACUAAACAAUGCAGUUUCAGCAACACCAACGAACAUUUGUGAAAUCACGCUUUGCUCACCCUUAAACGCAAAUUAUAAGCUAUCAGCACAGGCAUUUAUACUAAAUAGCCUAACUGAUAAUUUACCCUCAUACCCUAUAGAUCCAAAGCAGUGUCUUAAAAAUCUUGGAUUCACUUUAGCCGACACCCAAUUUCACAAACCCAGACCCGUGGAUAUACUAAUCGGCAGUGAUAUCUAUCCAAGUAUUUUACUCAAUGGAGUAAAGAGGAACAUACUAGGUUCACUCUUAGCUCAAGAGACAGAAUUCGGAUGGAUAUUGUCCGGACCCAUAACCCAACCCUCCCAAAAUUCCGCCAUAGUAUCAUUUCACAAUAAAGUGAAUCCCGAGAGUCUUCUCACACGUUUUUGGGAGGUGGAGGAAAUCCCAAAGGAAUCCGUAGUUUCCAAAUCGGACCAAAUUUGUGAGGAAAUUUUCCAAAAAACUACCCGUCGUAAUCCAGAUGGGCGCUAUAUAGUAACCCUACCCUUCAAAGAACCCGACAAUAUUGAUAUCGGACAAUCUAGACAUAUAGCGUUGGCCCAAUUCCUCAGAAAUGAACGAGCUUUACUUAAAAAACCCGAAGUGAAAGCAGAAUACGACAAAGCAAUCAUGGAAUAUUUGGAACUCGGACAAAUGAAGAAAGUAGAGUAUGACCCUUCUGGUAAAGCGACCCAAUAUUACUUACCACACCACGCGGUCAUUAAACCCGACCGUAUAACCACGAAAUUGCGUGUGGUAUUUAACGCAUCUUGCCCCACGUCAAAUCACAAAAGCUUGAAUGACGUCUUACAUAUCGGGCCUACUUUACAGAAAGACCUUGUCAUUCUGAUAACAAAUUGGCGACUCUUCCAAUUCGUUUUUAAUGCGGAUAUUCAGAAAAUGUACCGGCAAAUACUCGUAGACCCUAAACACACUCGGUUCCAAAGGAUAUUAUUUAGGAAGUCCCCGGAAGACACAAUAGAAGACUUCGAAUUGCAAACAGUCACGUUCGGCAUAAAUUGUGCACCGUAUCUAGCAAUCCGGACCCUCAUGAAACUUGCCGAUGAUAUAGAAGAAACCCACCCAUUAGCAGCCAAAAUACUUCGCCAGGAAAUGUAUGUAGACGAUGUUUUAGCCGGAACACAUGACCUGACCACGGCAAAGUCAGCACGAGAUGAACUCAUUUCCGCUCUGAAGACCCCAGGAUUCGCUCUGCGAAAAUGGACCUCCAAUGACCCACACAUUCUGAAAGGACUUCCACAGGAUCAUCUUUUAGAGACAGAAACACUCAACCUUUCGGAACCCGAGAACACCAAAACCCUGGGCAUUCGAUGGAACUCCAAAAAGGAUUCAUUUUUCUUCCUCGUCAACCCAAUGGAGAAAAAACCCGCAUACACCAAACGAGAAGUUUUAUCAGCCAUAGCAAAAUUGUUUGACCCAGCCGGUUGGCUUAGUCCAAUAAUAAUCACGGCAAAAAUAAUUAUGCAACAAAUAUGGCUGGAUAAAACUGACUGGGAUGAAAGCCUGAAACCCCUCACCCUUCAUCGAUGGAACAGCUUCGUAAAGGAUUACGACAACAUCAACAAAAUUGAAAUACCCAGCCAUCAAAAUAUCUCAUGGCACUUCAACCCACCAGGAGCUCCACAUAUGGGUGGAUUAUGGGAAGCAGGCGUAAAAAGUCUAAAAACCCACCUAAAAAAGAUCGCAAAACUACAAAAAUUCACGUUCGAAGAAUUUGCUACCCUAUUGACCCGCAUUGAAAGCUGUUUAAACUCUCGACCCAUAAGCCCCAUAAGUGAUGACUCAACAAGCUUGGAACCUCUAACUCCAGGACACUUCCUUAUAGGUACCCCAUUGCUAACCCCUGCCGAACCCAAUUUAGAGGAUGCAAAUUUAAGCAUCGUUAACAGAUGGCAGAAACUAAAAAUACUCUACCAGCACAUUUGCAAGAGAUGGAAAGAAGAGUACCUUAAGGAACUACACAAACGAUAUAAAUGGAAAUACCCACAUCGUAAUGUUGAAGUUAACGACUUAGUCGUUAUAAGAAACGACAAUACUUCACCCAACGAAUGGAAGCUCGGUCGAAUCCAAAAGGUCUUCCCCGGCUUAGACCAUAAAACACGAGUGGUUGAAAUCCGAACUGCUCAAGGCACAGUAACCCGCCCCAUCACAAAAAUUGUGAUAUUAAAUACAGAAUAA